GGAAAUUGAUGAAGCAAAUGGAACGAAGCAAAGGAGGCAACUCAAGAAAACAAAAAUGAUACUUAAGCAAGAUCAUCUGCCACAACUGCAAAGAAGCUGCACAUUACAAGUUUGACUGUCUGAAAUUGAAGAAGGAAGAAAAGACCAAGAAGGAAAAGAAGAAGGGGAUGAUGGCCUCUUGGGAAGACCUAGAAAAUGAUUAUGAUGAAGAGGUUGAAUCGGAGACCAAAUUCCAAACAUGUUUCAUGGCCGAUCAAACUGAUGAGGUUUGCCUAGCAUCUAAAAGAAAUGACAACAUGUGGUAUUUGGACAGCGGAUGCUCUAGCCAUAUGACCGGAAGGUCUACAUUCUUCAUCAAGCUAGAUGAGUAUGAUGAAGGGUUUGCAACUUUCGAUGACAAUGGAAAAAGGAAAGAUAGUGGCCAUAGGAAAUAAAGUUGAGUGAAGUCCUCAAGUGAAUCAAGAUAAUGUCGAUUCAGGUCCCUCUAUGGAAACUGUCAGUUCUGUACCUGCUCCUCAGAACGAAGGAGACAUUUAUGUUUUGUCUCCUGAUGAUGCCAGAGAAGUUAGAUCGAUGAACGAUGCAGAACCAAGUCAAGGCUAAGGUGAAUCCUCAUCCCAAAAGCCUAGAGAGUGGAAGUUCUUGAAAAACUACCCACAUGAUUUUAUCAUUAGAGAUCCAUCUCAUGGAGUAACUACAAGAUCCUCAAGAAAGAAAGCCGAAACUAACAAUGUUGCUCUCUUAUCCCAUUCAGAACCUCAAAAUGUAAAGCAAGCUCUUGAAGAUCCCUCAUGGGUAAAGGCCAUGGAAGAAAAGUUAAGUCAAUUCGAAAAGAAUGAGGUUUGGUCUCUCAUACCUUACCCAAAUGGUAAGAAGGUAACGGGUACAAAGUGGAUUUUCAGAAAUAAAUUGGGUGAGGUAAUGCAUAUGCAUCUGAGAUAGAUUAGUGAGCUAGUUUAGUUAGUUUUAGCUUAGUUUCAUGCAUUUUCCUUGUAAUAAACAAGCAUUUGGAUGUCUUAUUUCUUCAUGCAUUAAUGCAUCAAGUACUAGUUAAA